AAAGACCUACUCGCCAAUACGCCAUGUAUCUGCAAGUAUUCACUCUUCUUACCCUGGUUACCUGUGCCCUGGGAUAUCUUGCCAGUGGUGCGAUUGAAACGGAAACAAACAAGUGGGGAACAGUGAUUUCCUUUUGUACCUACAAAGGUAUUCAGUUCCUGCCCGGAUCGGAGUGGAAAACAACGGAAUGCAUGGACUGUUCGUGCUCAGAGUCAGGACUCCACUGUCAAGGAUUUGGCUAUGCAGCAGGGGCAUUUGGGCCACCUGAGGGCUGCAAGGUUGUCAAUGAUGCCUGUCUGGUUAGGAUGGUGGAUGCGGAGGAUGAAUUGGAGGACUGUGCGCCACCAGAGCCAAACAUUCAAGAGUAAUGUACUCCUGCAUCUGAUAAACAUCAAGUAACCC